AAUUCAACUUAUGUCAAUUGCUCUAAAAGGAGCCUGCAACAAGUUCCUGAUGAGGAAUACGACGAGACUAUCCUCCGGUUUGAUCUCCACGGAAAUAAAAUAUCCGCGCUUAAAGACAACUCGUUCGUCAGGUACAAACAGUUGAUUUACCUCGACCUCUCAAGCAACCUGAUAUCGUGUAUGUCAGUGGACGCGUUCCAGGGGCUGGGCAGACUCAAAAAACUCUCCCUUUGGAAUAAUAAUCUCGACCUGCGUCUCAGCCCGUACCACCCGGACGUGUUCAGCCCUCUCGUCUCGCUGGAAGUUUUAUUUCUCAAUCAAAACAUGCCGAACGGAUCGACCGGCUUCGGCUAUCCCGAUCGGGCGCUAUCGAAGCUCGUUAAGCUGCGAACCUUGCAAAUUGACGGGCUGGAGAAUGCCACGUUCGGGCCUGGGUUUCGGAAUAUGACAUCACUGAUAAGUUUGAACGUGUCGGGGUACCAAGGCGGCUAUUGUAAGAUGACCUCCCUCACGAACAAAACGUUCGUGAACGUGCAGCACUUGCAGCACCUGAACCUGAGCUCUUGCUACGUGAAAGGUAAGUUUAUCGAGGCCGGCACCUUCUCGCCUUUGGGGAGCCUCGUUUCGCUAGAUCUGACCCACAACGAGGACAUCGACAUCGUCAACCUGGACAAGGUGUUCUACGGCCUGCACGACACCAAAACGUUGCGACAUCUGAAGAUGCAUUUAAUCGUGAACAGAUACUCGGUGGGCAUCUGCCUCGACAGCUCCUACAUCAGGCACUUCCCAAAAUAUCUCGAGCACUUUGACGCGCAGGAGAACAAUUUAGAGGCCUUGGACAGGCAGGUCAUAUCUAAACUGUCGCCCUCGUUAAAAUCGCUCGACGUCAGUGGAAAUAAAUUUGUAUUCGGGACCUACCUCCUGGACCUUCAUCGGAUGAAAAAUUUGACCAGUGUGAAAAUCAAUGGCGGUAGUUUCGUUUACAAUUUACCCAGUCUUUACCCCUACGAGCUUUCAAGGUAUAGCCUCCAGAGCAACUGCACACUUUACGGACACACCAAAGUUCAGAAGUUUAGGGCAUUUGUGCUUGACCUGCCGCCUAAUCUAGAGACGAUUGAAAUGAACGAAGCUGGACUGAAGUAUAAUCUCUCCGAGCUUAACGCUACUCACAACAACCUAAAGCACCUGAGCCUGAGGGGUAAUUAUUUCUCCCAUCUCUACGGUCCGUUUCACAAUUUUGACCAGCUGGAGACGUUGGAUCUCUCCUUUUGUCAAGUCAAGUUUAUUUCGUGUCAUUUUUUCCCAAGUUUCCGCUCUUUGAAAAACCUUUCUUUGAAUAACAACCAACUGGGGGAUUUUUUCUCUGAAAGAGACGAAAGUAAUGAAACUUUCGUGUUCUCCAAUUUGACCUCUUUAUCAAGACUGGACCUAUCCUAUAACAACAUACGUAAACUGGACCCUGGCAUAUUCAAGAGCCUUAAAAGCCUUAGGGUCCUCAUUCUGGCGAACAACUCAAUGAUCAAUUUCACGGUGGACAUCUCAUUACUUUUCAAUCUCACCUACUUGGAUCUCAGCCACAACCAGAUCUCCAGCUUGCCGGCGGACACGAGGACCUUCAUAGACUGCCACCUUAAGCUCCUGGAGAUCAAAAUGGCCCAGUGCAGCAUUCUCUGCGAGUGCGUCAACCUCGAAUUUCUCCUGUGGAUGACCGGCUCCAGAGCCUUCGACGACCGAUUUCAGGGCUACCUCUGCGUCAAGGAGGACUCCUCCAUAAUGCCGAUUACGGACGGUUACAACUCCACGCUGGACGAGCUUGAACACGCGUGCACGUCCCACGUCACGAUAUUCUUCUUCGUCGGAGCCGGAACGGUGGUCAUGUUUAUCGUCAUCCUCGGAGGUAUUAUUUACAGAUUCAGGUGGAAAAUACGGUACCUGUACUAUGCAGCGUACCUGCAAUACAAAAGGCUAGAUCGCAAACGUGACACUGGUUUCCAGUACGAUGCGUUUGUGUCCUACGACCAUUCUGACGAGGAGUUUGUGGUUAGGACGCUGUGCAGUGAGCUCGAGUCGAGAAAGUUAAAGCUCUGCAUACACGGUCGCGAUUUCAAAGCCGGAGAUUACAUAGCGUCCAACGUGGUCAAGUCGGUGUGCAGCAGCAGGAAGACCGUCGUGGUCCUCACCCGCAACAUGAUCAAGAGCUACUGGUGUGGGUACGAGAUCCAGAUGGCCAACAUGGAGAGCAUCCACACGGGCAGGCAGGUGCUCGUGUUCCUGCUCAUGGAGAAGAUACCCGCGAGCGACCUCGGCGUUGAGCUGCUUUACAACAUACGGAACAAUACCUACGUGCCGUACCCUGAGAACCAGCUGGAUGCCGGCAGUUUGAAUAGGUUGUGGGACAAACUGGCCAAUGACAUCAAGGAAUAAUGUAGUGUUCUGGAUCAGCCGAAUGUUUUCUUUGAAAAUGUGACACAUAGCUUACAAUGGUGAAUUGUGUAACAUCAUGUCAAAUAUCCAUUGCAAUAAUAUAACCUGGACAUUAUGUGGAUUUAAAUCCUGAUACAGACGCGAAGUAUGUUAAUUUUUGUGAAUAGCUAGACUAUAUAGUAACGCAGAAGUUUAUAUUGUAAACAAUGUUUUGAACUUCAAAAUAGUUUGUCUCCUUAUUCAACAUUUUAUAACGUACUUAUUUUAUCAUCUUGAAUCGAAUGAAGGACACCCUCCAAAACGCUAUUUCCAGUUUUAGCUUUUUAAAUUUUUUGUUUUUGUUUUGUUGGUAAUAUUUCCAACUUGAGCACUCACUAUCUAUUAUUUCCCUUCGGCACAUACUUCAAAAGGCUAAAUAAUAAAAGGUACCAUGUCUGUCAGCAUUGCAGCCUGGUCCCAGAGACACUGGCGCAUCUGUUGACUUAAUGUUCCUCACUAGAGGUUUCGGGGGGAGGCCAGGGUGACGGGAGAGCCCCACAUGACGGCAAUGUUAUAAGACUCAGCUCAGCAGAUGGCGCUGGCGGUCAAUGCACCAGCCGGCACAGCUCAGUGAAGGCGCUGACAGGCAAUGUACCAGACGGCACAGCUCAGCAGGUGGCGCUGGCAGGCAAUGUACCAGCCCACGUACCAGCCGGCACAGCUCAGCAGAUGGAGCUGGUAGGCGAUGCACCAGCCGAUGUGGUAAGAGAGUAAUCUCAGACCUUCGCCAGAAUGUGUGCCUUAGCUAAAACAAUUAUUUGUAAUGUUCAAAAUUUUUAAGAACAAAUGAAUUAUUUAUCCAUGGUAGGAUAUUUUUUUUAUUUUUUUUUUUUUUGCAUCGUUGUCACUGUAUCUGAUAUAAAACUGUUCAUCGGAUUGCUGUGACAUCGAAAACCUGUGAUAAGACUAAAUGCUUUCUGGAGAUGCUUGUGUGUGAGUUAAAAACUACAUCUUUAGUUAGGGUAAUAAUAAAUAUUAAGACCCUCUUUAACGUGGACGAACUUAUGGUUGAAAGAACGAAUUUAUCGUUCAGCGAAACGCUUUCCAGUGGAUAGACACAGUGCUCCACACUGUAAGCCUUUCUGCACACUGUAAGAUUUGUUUCGUUAAUCUGGUGUGCCACAUAGGCGUCGCCCCUACGGGUGUUCCCGCUUUGGUCACACGCCAGGCAUCCACCCUAACCCUUCCCAAAUGACUGCAAAGGUAAGUAAUCCUGAGAUCUGUCUUCUAACUGAGUCGACGUCCUCUGUGAUUUCCUAUAAGAUACGUG